AUGUCGACAACUUCGAUUGAUAUUCCAACUCUACGAAUUAAUGAAAAUGGUUUACAAAAUUUUGUUCGUUUUAUUUAUAAACAUGAAAAACUUUUAAAACAAUUUGAUGCAAUUAAAGUUCAACCAAAUAUUGAUUGUAAAUUAGAUUUAAAGAAACGACAAAAAAAUUUUCUAUUACAUCCAACUAUAAAAAAAAUUGUUAAAAUAAAUGAAAAUGUUAAUAUUCAUUCUACUCAAACAAUCAAUCAUAUUAAUGAAUCUACUCAAAAACAUUUAAUGGCAACAGAUGAAUAUAGUUUUGGGUCAUCAUUAUCUACGUCAAAUAAAGAAUAA